AUGCCAGAGAUCGGAGAGGUAGCGCGUAUAGUACACUUCCUGCGCAAACACUGCGCCAACAAGAAAAUUUCCAACAUCCUCAUCCAAGAAGACAACAUAGUCUACGGUAAAGUCGGUACCUCAGCAUCAGCCUUCCAAAAAGCCUUUACGGGAAAGAAAAUCCUCGAUGCGAAGCAGCAGGGCAAGUACUUCUGGCUUGAAAUGGAAGGGAAGCAACAUCCUGUUAUGCAUUUGGGCAUGACGGGGUGGAUAAAAUUCAAAAAUGAUGAUACAAGUCAUUAUUACAGAAAACCAGAGGAUGAGAAUAAACCCCAGGAGUGGCCGCCGAGGUUCUGGAAGUUCAUUUUGCAGUUGGAGGAUGAUGGAAAUGAGAUUGCCUUUGUAGAUCCGAGGAGAUUGGCACGUAUCAGGGUUGUUGAGGCAGAGGCUGAAGAGUUGCGGAACACUACGCCGCUCAGGGAAAAUGGACCGGACCCGGUGAUUGACAAGGACAUUUUGACAGAAGCUUGGCUGGAAGAGAAGUUGAAGAGCAAGAAAGUGCCUGUCAAGGCUUUGAUGCUUGAUCAAGCCAACAUCUCGGGAAUUGGCAACUGGGUGGCUGAUGAGAUCUUGUACCAAGCAAGGAUCCAUCCCGAACAGUACAGCUACACUUUCUCUUCUGCACAGAUCUCCGCGCUCCACAAAGCCAUGAUGGAUGUCUGCGGAACUGCAGUCGCUGUUUUGUCGGAUAGUAGCAAGUUUCCGGAGACCUGGUUGAUGAGAUAUCGCUGGGACAAGGGCAAGAAGGACAAGAACAUCCUACCUAAUGGCGAUAAGAUCGUCCAUCUCAAGGUCGGAGGCAGGACUUCAGCGAUUGUACCUCGAGUCCAGAAGAAGACCGGAAAAGUGGCUGGGGACGUUGAAUCUGCGGAUGAAGUGUCUGAGGAUGCUGCAGAGUCACCUGAAGAAGAAGCCACACCGAAAAAGGCAAAAGCGACAAAGGCCAAGUCAAAGAAAGCUGCCGCAACUGCCAAAGAUGAGGAUAUGGAGGUCGUCAAGCCCAAGCGUAGCAGAACUACAAAACGCAAGGCAGGGACCAACGAAGAAGACGCAGGUGCGGCUGUAAAGUCAGAGGAGGAAGAAGCCAAACCCGUCAAGAAGAGGCAGACCAAGGCGACAAAGGCGGAAGAAACAAACACUACUAAGACCAAGACUGAACAGAACGAUAUCAAGACCGAGGAUACGGAGGGAAGCACAAGAAGAAGAUCAGGUCGACUGUCUGGAAAGGGCGUCUAG